AUGUCUCAACCACCGUCUUCUUCCCGGCGGUGCUUUUCACUACUCAUCUUUGUUUUCACCAUUGUUAAAACUUCUUCUUCAUGCUCCACUUCUUCUUCCUUUCAUUGCCCUCCGUUUAACUCCUCUCCGCCGUUCCCAUUCUCCACUUCUCCGGGAUGUGGCCACCCAAGCUUCCAGAUCCAAUGCUCUUCCUCUCCACGCGCCACCAUCACAAUCAAGGACAUCACUUUCUCUCUCCUCCGUUACGACUCACUCUCCUCUUCUCUCCUCCUCUCUCCCAUCUCUCCGCCACAACAAUUAGACUCGAACCGGAACAGCUGCUCCUCUCUCCGGUUCUCCUCCUCCAAUAACCGGUUCAUCGACUUAACCGGUUCUCCUUUCAGAGUCUCUGACUCUUCUUGCUCUCGUCUCUCUCUUCUCCGUCCUUGCUCUCCUCUGAUUCUACCAAACUGUAGUCGUUGUCCUUGGGACUGCAAACUCCUGAAGAAUCCGGGUCGGAUCCUCCACGGCUGCGAAUCAACCCACGGGUCGUUAUCGGAGCAAGGCUGCCAAGGAGAUCUCCUCGGGUUUCUCCAAGAUUUCAUCACCAGAUUCGGAUUUGAAGUCGAGUGGGACGAAUCUCAAGACCCGUACUUUGCGAAAUGUAGAGAUUGUCGUCGGGUCGAGAACGGUGUUUGCGGGUUUAAUUCGACCCACCCGAAUCAAGACUUCGUCUGCUUCCCCACCAAAUCGAGAUCCGAAUCAGCGACGCAAAGAGAUAGACGAAUCCAUCACGUCGCAGUGUUAUCUCUCAUCUUCGCCUUGACAUGUCUUCUGCUUGCUAUCUCCGCCGCAGUAGCGAUUUUCCGAUCACGGAGAGCGAGCUUUUUGUCUUCCGUCAACGAAGAAGAUCCCGCUGCUCUCUUCCUCCGCCGUCACCGCUCCGCCGCCCUCCUCCCUCCGGUAUUCACCUUCGAGGAGCUCGAAUCCGCAACCAACAAAUUCGACCAAAAACGCAAAAUCGGCGACGGAGGAUUCGGUUCUGUUUACUUAGGCCAACUCACCGACGGUCAGCUCCUCGCCGUCAAAUUCCUUCACCACCACCACGGCGCCACCGCCGCAGCCACCGAGCACUGCAAAGCCUUCUCGAUGAAAUCGUUCUGCAACGAGAUCUUAAUCCUCUCUUCAAUCAACCAUCCGAACCUCGUCAAGCUCCAUGGCUAUUGCUCUGACCCGAGAGGGCUUCUCCUCGUGCACGAUUACGUCACAAACGGCACUCUCGCCGAUCAUCUCCACGGCCGGAAAUCGAAGAUGACGUGGCGAGUCAGGCUAGAUAUCGCUUUACAGACGGCUCUAGCUAUGGAGUAUCUACACUUUGCUAUUGCUCCGCCGGUGGUUCACAGGGACAUAACUUCGUCGAAUAUCUUCGUGGAGAAAGAUAUGAGAAUCAAAGUCGGAGACUUUGGUUUGUCUCGGCUCUUGGUGUUCUCGGAGACGACGGCUGCUUCGGCUUCUUCGUCUGAUUACGUUUGCACGGGUCCACAAGGUACGCCCGGUUAUUUGGAUCCGGAUUAUCACCGGUCUUUCCGGUUAACGGAGAAGAGUGACGUGUAUAGUUUCGGCGUCGUUUUGAUGGAGUUGAUGACGGGGAUGAAAGCCGUUGACCAACGGCGUGAGAAGAGAGAUAUGGCUUUGGCUGAUUUAUUUGUGUCCAAGCUCCAAAUGGGUCUUCUUGACCAGGUGGUUGAUCCAUUGCUUGCGGCUGACGACGACGGUGGAGUUGCGGCGGUUGCUGAGCUGGCGUUUCGGUGCGUUGCGGUGGAUAAGGAUGAUCGUCCGGACGCCAAGGAGAUCGUUGGGGAGCUGAGGAGGAUUAAGAGUCGUACACGUGUGUGUGAAAAUGACGUUGAGAAAGGAUGA